CGAGCCAAAGGGGUUGUUCUUGCAAAGAUGUUUCGUGUGAAGCUUCUACACUGUUUCCUUUGGGACUAUUUUAGUUCUUUGCCUGGCUGGGACAGUGCCUCUUCUUCUAUACACCAUCACAUAUCUAAGAAUUUGUUUUCACUUAAAGACGCUUUUAGAGCCAUGCCACUCCAACUAUUUUUACAAGUUGUUGGAUCUACUCAGAAAGCUGAUGAUAUCAUGAAGAAAUACAAACAGGUUAUGCGUCUUUCUGAGCUUCCUAGCGAAGAGUAUAAACUUCUAAUGGAUACUCGUGUGAUUGGGAUAUUAUCGAUGCUUAUCAAUAUUUUACGCCGGUUAAAGUUGAUUCAGAUGGUAAGUGAUAGACUCAGACGUGAUAAGAUUGAGAAGUAUGCUAACUUAACACAUGCAAUGGAGCUUAAGCCUUAUAUAGAGGAACCUGUGUUUGUUGCUGCUAAAUUCGAUGUCACGUCUCUUGAUUUUCGUCCACGUAUUCGGCAUGACUUUAUUCUAUCGAAUAGAGAUGCUGUUGAUGAAUAUUGGCUAACUCUAGAAUAUUGCUAUGCUGCUUCUGAUCACGAAGCUGCUAAGCAAGCAUUUCCAGGAUCUGUUUCUCAAGAGGUAUAAUCUUUGAUCUUCUAUAUCAUAGCUUCUUAUAUAUAAUUUAAGUUAUGUUUUCAGAAAACAGUUUUUAA